UAGUAAACAAAGCAAAUGGCGUCAAAUGGAUGAGGUUCUCUCUCGUUAGAAAUUAAAAGUGCUCUUGUCUUCUUGCUCUAUUGUAAAUAAUUUCCUGUUUUGUUCCUGUGUGUAUUGUAAAUAAACUGUAUAGCUGUGUUCCUGUUUUGUCUCUUUUGGCUCAACCCCCGACCUGGAGUCGAUCAUGCGAAACUCCUGCUACAAAAUGGCACCCAACGUGGUAUAGAUACGGUUGAUUCCUGGUGUGUUUUGUGAUCUGUGUUUUGCGAACAAUUACUUGAUUUGUGUUUUUGUGUUGGAAUUCUUGGAUUUUUCUGGAUUUCUGCGAAAAAGCUCUAUUUGUACAUAGAACUAUUUCUUUUGUGGACGAUUAUUGGUAUGUUACACGACCUACAUGACAUUUCAGCACGUGUAACUUGUUGUCACGUCACGUCACUAUUUAUGGCCAAGUUAUGUUAACAACUGAGUAAUGUUUAUUGAACAUGUUUUCGUUGAUUAUUCAAUGUGAGCAUAACUUAAAAGAAGAAUAAGUACAUUGAUCAGUAGUUAGUACGCAUGUAUAAUAGGAGCUUAGAUUCGUGUGUAUCAGUUUGAGAAGAGGUUUCCUUCUUGCUGCAGUUCUGUGUCUUUUUAUAAUGGAUAGUGACGACGAUUUUCCCGUGUCUUCUCAAAGUGCAAUUAACCAGGAGUAUUCAGACACUUUAUUAACACAAGAGGACAAUUUUAACAUGUAUUUCAAUGAUGAAAAGAUUAAACCUAUCUACAGCGAUAUAAGCAGUGAUAAUGAUGAAACUGUGGAAAUUAAACCAGCUGAGGUAGACACCCGGUUCGCAUCACCUAUAACCGACGAUGAGAUGUCAUCUUUGACGAAGAAAAUUAUUCCGGGAACAACUGAAAAGACAAUAUCAUGGGCAUGUCGACUCUUUGAAAGCUGGAGAAAGGCUAGAAAUGACAAAAUCCGACAAGGAGAUACAUCUGGUCAUCAACUGAGUUUCAUAACACGUGAAUUAGACUUUUUAAACGAUGAUGAACUAAGUUAUUGUUUGAGUAGGUUUAUUGUCGAAACCAGGAAAGCUGAUGGCAAUGAAUACCCACCUAAAACGUUACGCCAACUGGUUUUGCUCAUUCAAAUGCACUUGAAUAACAUUGGCCGCCUAGUUAAACUGUUAUCAGAUCCGAUUUUUAAUGAGCUCAGGAAUACUCUCGACAACUCUAUGAAAAUUGGUGCCAGUAAAGGGAAUGGAUUAUUGACGAAACAAGCUGAUGUAAUUUCUAUUGAUGAAGAAAAUAUCAUGUGGAAACAAGGUAUUUUAGGAAAUUCGAAUCCACAAACUUUGCUGGACACGAUUGUGUAUCUUUUUGGAUUAAACUUUGCUUUGCGGAGUGGUGGUGAGCAUCGUAAUUUAACUUUGGAUCAGUUAUGCAUAGGCGAAAAUGAACAGGCACCUUAUCUAAGAUAUACAGAGAAAAUUAGCAAAACUAAUCAGCGUGGACUGAAAGAAUUUAGAGUGAAUCCCAAGUGUGUGACGGCAUAUGGAAGUGACGACCCUAAAAGAUGCAUAGUGAAGCUGUAUCAGCAAUACUUGAGUUUGAGACCUGAACAUGCUAUGUCUAUGGUAUAUCUGCGACCAUUGAUUAAACCAACAGAAAAGAUGUGGUAUGCAGCAGCACCUGUUGGCCGGAAUACACUGGCGAACACCGUCAAAAGGUUAUGUGAAGCGGCUGGAUUUAAAGGAUUCUUCACUAAUCAUUCCUUGAGAGCUACUUGUGCGACUCGCCUGUUUAGAUCUGGUGUGGAUGAACAGCUCAUAGCAAAGACCACAGGACAUAGAAGUAACGCUAUACGCGCAUACAAGCGAUCGAACACCGCACAAGAGGCUUUUGUUAGUAGUGUGAUCCAAGGCCAGAGUUCAUCCUCUACUACUGUCCAGUCAUCUAAACGACCGCUGUCUGACGAUCCAGAUACCACUUCGGAUGGUAAACGACGGAGGAGUGUACAUAUUUCAUUAAAUAUAAAUUGUUAAUGUGACAUUAAAAAAAGAAAAAUGUACUGAAA